CCUUUGUAACGUUUGAAGUCAAACAGGCUGCAUUUAAACGACGUGUUCUCUCUCAGACAAACUAUGAAACAAUAAACGCAUCACCAGCCCUAAUAAUCACCAAAUGCUGCACUUUAUUAAUACACCUCGGUCAGCCAAACCAUAUCCUGACAUGUAACAGCAAGCCUAGAGACAAAACAUCACAGAAGAGAGGAGCGCUCAACCUGAGAGAGCCGGCAGAGCUCAGCGAACACACUCCAGGACAGAGUCAUACAGCUGUUCAAAGAAACCCUCCGGAUUGGAGCUGGGUAUGAGACGCUGAUUCUUGAAAAGCAGAGCUUGAGAAAGAAGACAGACGUCAGGAAGCCUCAUAUCAGGACAGAGCUGGAGGAGUGGGUAUAACACAGUCCAGACCUUUGGCCCACCCCACCCCAUCCUUCUAGGUUUCACCUCUCAACCCUGGUGUGCAUCAAUCCCUACUCCCUCAGCAGACUGACUGAGUAGUGUCUCCAGGGGCCAGUAAGCUCAGUCUCAGACGCUAACUCAAACACAGUGAGGCUUUUUUCCAUAGCUGUCACCAGCUGGGCUCAUGGAGGCUCAAACCCUGGCUCAGAUGGAAGACUUAUGUCACCACCGUUCUCCUUCUCCAGAGGGGGAAACCGUGUGUUCAGCUCUAACUCGUUACGAGAAUACUUUGCGGGAUGCGAUCAGAGAGAUCCAUGCAGAGGUCAGCAACUUUAAGCUCGAUAUAGAGAGGCGUUGUGAUGAGACUGCUAACCUGAGCGGUCCUCUUGGACAGGCUGUGGUUCAGCUCCAGCAGGAGAACCGUCAGCUCAGGAUCCAGCUGGAAGCUCUCACAAGGCAAGUGGAGCUCCUGAACGGCCUCACAUGCGAGCGGAACAUAACAACCAACAACCACAGUCAGAAUCACAAGAACGAGCUGCACGACAUACAGGAGAACCAUCAGGAUGUGAAGGAGGUGAUCUACGGAAGAGGUCAAGCCAGCACCCAGAACUUCACUUUGGAAAACCAAACACAGCCCUACAGCAGUCAGUCAAGCCAUUCAUCGACCCGUGCCAACCUUACUUCUUCCCCCACAAGCUCCAGCAGUCCUCCUGCUGGCUCCAGAGGCUCCUCCAUGAUGAUGAGCCCAGGGACGAGCAGCAGCCCCUCCAUCACACGCUUCUCCAGCCGAGCUACCUUUGCUGUUUCCAGCAAGACCAACAGCAUCGAGCGGGAAGAGCCAAUAGACGUUGACCCAGUGCCUACACACGCUGGACAGGAGAACGGACAUGCUAACCCAUCAGAGCUGUUGGUGCAGGGAAAGGUCUCCCCGCCCACAGACGGCCCUCUUGAACACGCGGCGCCCGUCACGUUGCGGAUGCCUCACCUUCCCAUCACAGCCACAACCAAGACAACUGAAAUCAAGGCUUCCACUAAUUCUCCCAGCAGCCCUGUUGGACCCAUGUCUUCCCCAUCCUCCGAGGCUUCACCCAGCACCUCUCGUCCACAGCCGGCAGAGAGUUCUGCUCUUCAAACAGCAUCUAUUGCCAAGACGUGGACCCCCACACCUGUCCGGACUCUGGGAUUUCCAAAUCUCCAGGACAAGGCAAACUCAGCUCCUUCUAAGUCUGUGACCUACUCAGGGCUGCAGCAGAAUGACAGAGACGAAGGCAAAAGCAAUGCCUUCAGCCAGGUGGGAGAGAAGAGGCGGGAGCUGGUGAGGUCACAGACUCUCCCCCGUAGCAUUGGCGCUCAGGCUCGGAGAUCUAUAUUCGAGAGAUUAGACUCUGAAGUCAGUCACAGUCGUCCUAAACCAGCGGGGCUCAAGCGCUCUCAGAGUUUUGGUGUCUCGACCGCCAGCAGCAUUAAGCAGAUUCUCCUUGAAUGGUGUCGUUCCAAGACCAUAGGCUACCAGAAUAUUGACAUCCAGAACUUCUCGUCCAGUUGGAGCGAUGGGAUGGCUUUCUGCGCCCUCGUCCACUCCUUCUUUCCCACCGAGUUCGACUACAACGCUUUAUCACCGGCCAAUCGCAAACACAACUUUGAGCUAGCCUUUGGGACUGCAGAAACCAAGGCGGGCUGUGACCGGCUGAUCGAGGUGGAGGACAUGAUGAUCAUGGGUCGCAAGCCAGACCCCAUGUGUGUCUUCACUUACGUCCAGUCGCUCUACAACCACCUGCGCAAGUUCGAGUGAAAGUUGGGAUUUUUUUAACCACUUGGCUUGAUAUCAGUAAUGAAACACAGAGUUCUGUAGUUCCCAACGCCAUAUUGGAAAGGCUCGAUCGCCCCCUAGUGGUGAACUGAUGUACUGUUCUCUCUUCGGCACAAAGAAGCUGCUGCUGACUGUAAAAGCUGGACUCUUGGUACACAUUUGAGAGAGUUAUUGUUACUGGAUAUGAUCAGCAACAACAAAGAUGAACCUGCACACAGAUGUCAGUGCUGAUUUUCAGUUAGGUUUUUUAUUGACUUCGUGUGUGUUUGUGUUUGUGUGUGUGUGCGUGUGUGUGGGUGUGUUUGUUUGUUUGCAUGCCUGUAGAUGUUGAAAGUUGUUUUUUUUGUCAGCAGAAAUAUGCUUUGUCUAAUAAAAUGACUAAAAUCACCAGGUGUCUGCGAUGCUCAGACCUGCUGCUUUAACGUCUGACCCAAUGUUAACCAAGAAUACAUGUGAUGAGCUGCUGAGUGCCAUUUCCAUUCUGAUAUGCUGUGGGUUGUUGUGUUGUUAGGAUGCUGAAAUAAAAGAACUGAAAUAAAAAUAAUUCAAUAAGGAAA